AGGUGUGGCAUGACAGUGUGUGACGAACAGUACUUUUAAAAAGGACCAGGAGCUGCUCAGAGGCGAAGGUGAACACUCUGCACUCCUGCAUCCGAAAGGAGGAGAACUUUGGAAAGAGAAUGAAGACGUCCGCUCUGCUUUCUGCAGCUCUGCUGUCGCUGCUGUUUUCUGGAACUGCCACUCAGAUGAGUCAUGGGAACACAGGAGAAUCAUGUGGAAGCAGGAACCACUUCACAACAGGUUCUGAGGAAACUCCCAUUACUGUCGUGGUGAAGAACAAUAUAACAGGUGAUCCACCUUCAUCCUACCCCACCUCUGUGCGUUCCGGAGGCAUCCUACUCAGUGGACUGAUGAGACUCCAGUAUACCACAGACUUUAGGUUCACCUACAUACAGGACCCAAAUUACGGCCCCUACCUGGAGGGUGUCAACGGUCUACAUAGAAGUCUAAAAGAUCACACUUACUGGGAGCUGCUGGUUGAAAAACCAGACCACACAACCAUCAGACUUGGUGUUGGUAUUGGAUGUUACAUCCCGGCUGCAAAUGAUCGAAUCAUCCUGAAUUAUAACAAAUACUAAAUCUGAAUCUUUUCAGCAUCACUGUAACUGUCACUUAUGAAGCAAAUACUCUGUGUUUGCUGAUGUUUCUGUUUAGUGAGAAUGAACAGACAUGGGAAUAAACUGUUCAGUACAUUAACUACACAAAGACUCAUGGAAAAUAUCAUGGCAUCUGUAUUCUAUGGUGAUUGUGAUGAUUGUUUUUACAUAUUUUGUCUUCACUCAGUCUUUAUGGGAACGUCAUUUAUCCAUUAUUUCGACUAAUCAGUUGGUCUGUGGUAGAACAUACUACUGUUUCAUACUUGCAUGUGUUUCUGUUUAACAAUGUCAUUCAAUAAUACAAUAAAUCCAUCUUUUACAGCCUAAA